AUGGGAUCUCCUCUAUCCCCGGUCCUGGCGGAUUUGUUCAUGGAGGCAUUUGAACUAGAUACAAUCGAGAAUGGUGAUCUUCACCCCAACCUCUGGCUCCACUACAUUGACGACACCUUGUGGCAUUUAACUCGACAAGAUGAUGGCACUCUAGCUCACACGGUACACCGCAAGCCAACACACACCGACAGAUACCUUCACAACUCUUCAUUCCAUCAUCUUCGCUUCAAGUCCGCUGUCUGCAACACCUUGGCCUGCCGGGCCUUCAACACCUGUGAGAAGGGCAGCUUGAAGCAGGAACUACACCACAUCAAGACAUCACCUCAACUCGACGGAUACAAGACAUUCAACCUCAGCAAACCCAAGACAAGCCUCAACCCAGAUGAACGACCAGAGUUCAAAGGCUGCAAUCACCCUCCCAUCGGCCACACUUCUCACAAUCUUCAACGUAUCUUUAGUCAAGCUCAAGUCAAGACCUUCCACAGAGCACCAAGCAAGAUUCAAGUAUCACUCCAUACACACAAGGAAAAGCAAGAUACUCAAGACAGAGCCGGCGUUUACCAUAUUCCCUGUGAUUGCGGUAUAGUACACAUCGGGGAAACCGGCCACAACAUCUCAACAAGAGUCAAAAAAUGGCCAACCAUGUUAAUAAGGUGA